GGCGGUAUAUAGUGAGCUGCCUGCGAGGUUACAGACAAAUUCCUCUUCCUGGAGUGCAUUGCUACACAGCAAAUUGCUUCUUCACUCACACUCCCCGCGAGGAGAUACUGACGUCAUGCCCAUCACACUGUACUUCGACGGAGCUGCCCCCUCUUCGAGGAUAGCUCUGGCAGUAGCGAAGGCUGUUGGAGUAGACGUCAUAGUCAAAAAAAUAGACUUGGCUUCGAAGGAACACCUCAAGGAAGAUUAUCUCAAGUUAAAUCCACAACAUACAGUACCAACGCUUAUCGACAAUGAUUUCGUCCUCUGGGACAGCCACGCAAUAGCAACGUACCUCGUUUCACAGUAUGGGAAAGACGAUUCCCUCUACCCAAAAGACCCAAAGAAACGAGCGGUCGUCAUCCAGAGACUGUUUUUCAAUGAAGGAGUCCUGUAUUCUCGCCUAAGAGCUGUUGGCACUCCUUUAUACUUUGGGCUGAAAACUACAGUGGACAAGGACAAAAAGGACGCCCUGUAUGAGGCACUCGACUUUCUGGAGAAGUUCCUGGAGCGCACUGGCUGGGUGGCUGGAGACCACGCCACUAUCGCAGACAUCGCAUGCGCUGUAACCGCCUCCAGCAUAGAGGCUAUAGGAGCAGACCUGAGCGGCUUCCCGAAGACCCGGGACUGGCUGGGACGCUGCAGGAAGAGCAUCCGCGGGUUCCGCGAGGCGGACGACGAGGGCGCCCGCUUCCUGGGGGAGACGAUCCGCGGCCGCAUGCAGCCGCACCAGCUGGACCGCUAGCUGGGCCGCCAGAGCACUGCGCCAUCAUCUUCCAUCUGCUCAGUCACUGUUGUAACUGCCAUCAUUCAAAAUAAAUAUUCCUUCAUUUCCUA